CACAAAUAACGUGACAUUGAGUUUAAAGAGUGAAUUAUAUAACGCUAUAUAUGAAUGGUUUGAUUGUUUGUCAGUAAAUACUGUAUUGAAUAGUGUUUUGGCAUUUAAUAGACUAAUCACUGAUUAUUACAAUUAGUAGUGAAUUAAUUAGUGAUUACUAAUUGAUUGAAUCAAUUGAUGGCAAGCGUUGAGAAGGAGGGCAUUCAGAAGCAGAUCCAACAGGACUGGGCUAACAGGGAGUACAUUGAGAUCAUCACCGGAUCCAUCAAAAAGAUCGCAGACUUCUUGAAUUCCUUUGACAUGUCUUGUAGAGGAAGACUCGCUUCACUUAAUGAGAAGUUGACGUCUUUGGAGAGAAGGAUUGAAUACUUGGAGGCAAAGGUAACAAAAGGCGAAACACUUAAUUGAUUGCUAUUAUCGCUAACCAUUGCAUACAUUUUGCAACUAUUUAUACUAAUUCAGCCAUUUUUAUUAAUUAUACAUAUGUUUUACUAAAUAAUAUAUUUUCCACUCUUUUGUGUAUACAAUAAAAUUCAAAUUAAAUAAGA